AUGGACAAGCCCAUCAUGGAAUUCCGCCCUGAACUCUGGCCUGUCCUAGACAGAAACCGACCGAUCCUGAACAUUGACCUCUUCUGGCCGAUCAAAGCUGAAGACAUGGACGACACCGAAGUACAGAACAGCGACGGCGACCAGAAGGGCAACUUCCCAUUCAGAGACCUCAAGCGUCUUGUCUCGUUCCGCAACCUCCACGUCCUCCACCUCAGUGGCAUGAUGAGAUCCUACCAGCCGAUCAUCUGGGAAGCCUGCUUUGUCAAUUCGAACCUCACCAAACUCACACUCGAAAUGGCGCCAGAACCAGAAAUCAACGACGUCUUUAAGGCGCAAUACAAGAAGAUCGACAGCAACUGGGCAUAUGACGGCUCGAAACCCUGCUACACCGAACCGACCGAAUACCUGGGCGGCUCUGAAGGUUCAGGCGAACUGCACCCGCAAUUCGGUAGCGGCGAGUAUCUCGACCGCACCGCCAUGAAGCAAGCACAAGCCGCGGCGGUGAAGGAGGAACUUCCAGCCGCGAACAAGCGCCAUCUGCCCAUUCAGACUCUGACGCUCAGCAACUUCGCCGUCGAUGCCGGUCCCUUCGUUAGUUGCUCACCCAUCCACACCCACACACACACACACACUCACUCACUCACUCACUCACUCACUCACUUCUCCACCUGA